AGAUAUAUAGAAGCUUCUUCAGUCAACAUUACAAAGCAGAUGGCAGAGUGCAAUGAUGCAUGCUGUGCAGUCUUGCCACUCCAAGGUAUUCUGUCAUCAGUCAGAGAUUACCCGACUAUCGUGUGGAGGGCGCGCCACAUCAUACAUGCAUAAAUAGCAAAGUAGAUGCAGCAGGGUGAAGAUGAUGUUGACAGGAGCGGUGUACUCGCAACACAUAUUAACAAUGAUGUUUCCAAUAAACCGUCGUCGAAAUCAUUGAUCUUAUGUACACAAUUGCAUCGUACUUCUACAAUAAUUAUUACAACUUCUGCGCAUUCGAAAUGCAGUAGAUGGUGGGGGCCAGGCCAAAAGAGCCGUUGGAUGUCAGCCAAUCACGUAGACCUGUUACCCGUGCUGAAACACCUCACUUCAGACUCAGCGCGUCCUCGUCUGCCUCUCAUCGUGUCUCCUCAUUCCGUCUCUGCGACAGACGUCCACCUCGAUAUCUUGCUUCGAUGCAUAACCGGGCGAGUGAAAGACCUCCAGGUCAGAAGAGACGCGUCACCUCUACAUACAGGGCCAAGUCUCGUGAGUCAGGCAGGAUUCAGCAGACACAUGACACCCGCAUGGCCAAAGGGAAGUGAUUUGCCAUGAGAUACUCAUUUUCUUACACUUUUCCUGAGUUGGGGGGUAGAGGAAGUCGUGAUCAGAAACAUGUGAGACGAAGAAGUGGUGGAAAAAAGGUAGGGUGAUGGAAUUUGCACUGCAGAAUAUUGUUUUUGAUGCUAUC